AUUAAGAUAAAGGCCAGGUAUAUGCUGGCAUAAUACAUUGUUCUAACUGUGUGCGUAUUAACAUUAGCUGUUUCUUCGCAGUUUGGCUUGCAUCGGCGUAACGCCCGCACCUCAACGCACAUAAUCACGCUUUACCUUGAUUUACCGAACAGACACGAAGUGAUAAGCGAUACGUGUUCACCUGGAGUUCAUCACCAGCAAAGCUAAGCACAGCGCGAGCGGCGGCGAGAAUGCGGGGCGUUCAAGGACAAGUCCUAAACAAACAGCAAGCGUUUAGGGGCAAGCUGCCAUGCCGGGCGCGAUGCCGAGCGGUCCGUGUCACAGCAGCGGUGCACGACUUUGCUAAGACCGAAUCCGCGCCACGCCGUGUGGUGGUCACCGGCAUGGGUGUGGUGUCCUGUUUAGGACACGAGCAUGAGGAGUUCUACAACAACCUGCUGGCAGGGAAAAGCGGCAUCUCGUACAUCGAGGGCUUCAAUGCCUCCGAUUACACGACUCGGUUUGCCGGGGAGAUCAAGUCGCUGGACUGCUCUGGGUACAUUACCAAGAAGUUCGAGAAGCGGGUGGAUGCGGUGAUCAAGUACACCAUGGUGGCGGGCAAGAAGGCGCUGGGGGACGCGGGGCUGGCGUGGGAUGGCAAGGAGAUCAAGGAUCUCAACCACCUGCGUUGCGGUACGUUGGUUGGUACGGCAAUGGGCGGCAUGACGAGCUUUGCGAAUGCUGUGGAGGCACUGGAGACGUCAGGCCACCGCAAGAUGAACCCCUUCUGCAUCCCCUUCGCCAUCACCAACAUGGGCGGCGCCAUGCUGGCCAUGGACCUCGGCUUCAUGGGGCCCAACUACUCCAUCUCAACCGCCUGCGCCACCGGCAACUACUGCAUCCUGAGCGCUGCGGACCACAUCCGGCGGGGCGAUGCGGACCUGAUGCUCGCGGGUGCGGGAGACGCGGCCAUCAUCCCCUCCGGCAUCGGCGGCUUUAUCGCAUGCAAGGCGCUGUCUAAGCGCAAUGACGACCCCGCUGCCGCCUCACGGCCCUGGGACACGGACCGCGACGGGUUCGUGAUGGGCGAGGGAGGAGCCGUACUGGUUCUCGAGGAGUACGAGCACGCCAAGGCCCGCGGCGCGCACAUCUACGCCGAGUACGUGGGCGGGGCGGUGACGUGUGACGCGCACCACAUGACGGAGCCGCAACCCGAGGGAAAAGGUGUCAUCAUGUGUUUGGAGCGGGCGCUAGCGUCCAGCGGCGUCGCGGCAACCGACGUCAACUAUGUCAACGCGCACGCCACCUCCACACUGGCCGGAGACAUGGCCGAGUAUCGCGCCCUGAACACCGUCUUCGGUCACUCCGACCUGCGCAUGAACUCGACCAAGUCCAUGAUCGGUCACUUGUUGGGCGGGGCGGGAGCCGUGGAGGCCGUUGCGACCAUCAAAGCCAUCCAAACAGGCUGGCUGCACCCCACCAUCAACCUGCACUCCCCCGAGCCUGGAGUGGACCCGGUGAGGGUGGUGGCGGGAAGCAAGCAGCAACACCCGGUCAAGGUUGCGCUGUCGAACUCGUUCGGGUUUGGAGGCCACAACAGCUGCAUCAUGUUCCGUGCGCCUCCCCAGUAGUAGGGGGGUGGGAGAAGGAAGAACGGAGAGAAGAGACGGAAAUGAAAGGGGAGGAGGGCUCGGGCAUGUGGUGUGUGCAUGUUGUCAGGGGUUGGCGACAGGAGGCAUGGGCAGGAGGAGGAAAAGGCGAGCAGCUUAGGAGGGCAGAAUGUGUGAAGGGAAACACUAAUCAAGUGACAAGCUUGGAGAAUAUGGGAGAAAAAACGAUGAAGAAACGGAUCGGGAUGCCGGGCAGAAACGAGACGGGGCGUGAAGGGCUGAGAGGUCGGGAGAGAGAGGGGGCGUUGAAAAGACAGGAGCGUUGUUUGCUGAGGGAGUUCAUGAG